AUGGAUUUAAGGUUAGAAGGUAAUACAAUCUGCUCUCUCGAAAGGUCUUUCACCUGUAUACAACGGCACGAGUUGCUUCCAGCAAGAUUAAACCAUGGGACUUCCAACACAGCCAACGUCAAACCAAUCAAACUUACCUUCACAGCUGCCAUUUGCAACUCAAUCUACCAUAAUGAGUAUCAAGAUCGAGACCGUGAGCAUUCUCAACCUUGCUUGAGAGACUGCAGCCGAGAUUUAACUUCCCCCAAUUUUGAUGACAAUAAGACACAUGUGGCAGUCAUAGCAGGUCCUCUUAUCGGUUCUUGCAAGGAGCAGGCCGCUGGCGAUAUUUACAAAAAAGCUGUGAAUGAAGCAGGGUUUCUCGUUGUUGCUCUUGACGCCUCUUUCCAAGGUGUAUUUGGCGGAAGUCCUCGUUUCCUCGAUAACCCCGAGUUCCUCGUAUUCCGUUUUUGGUUUGUGGUCGACUAUAUUCAGUCACUGAAAUACGUGGAUCCUCAUCGGAUUGGCGUGUUAGGGGGCGGUGGAUACUCCAUCAAUGCAGCUAUGACAGGCUACCGCCUCGAGUGCUGUGUUGGAAACACAGCUGUCACUUUGGGCCGUAUUGCAAGAGAAGGCUUUGCCAACUUUAACCCCGCUGAGUCACUUGAGAAAAUGGCAGCUCAGCUCACACUCACAAGGCCUCUUCUAGGCCUGAUUUCCCUAGAAGAGGCAAAGACGAUCACUGCUAAUAUCGAUCUACUCGAAGCAACCAAUCUACUCGAGGCUACCUAUCUACUCGAGGCUACCUAUCUACUCGAGGCUACCUAUCUACUCGAGACUACCUAUCUACUCGAAGCAACCUUUCUACUCGAAGCAACCGAUUACUUCAAGACCGAGUGCAGUCAGAAGCCCAAUGGAGCUACCAGAGGGGUUUUCUCUUUAGCGCAGCAUUAG